CGUCACAUUAGACCACAGAGCCACAUCACACAGAGCUACAAGCUGAAUGCCUUGGGAUUCUCCUCCCUGUAGCUCAUAACAGCAGCGCCACACAAUGAUCAGGCAGCAAAACAUCCACGUCUCGUUUUCCAUCUUUCUCCUGUGGACAUCAGGUUGUGUUGGUGGGAGCGAUGUUUCCCAAACCCCGAUGCUGUGGAAGUCUGUGGGUCAAGAUGCGACGAUGGAGUGCAGCCAUACCAAGGGUGCUGGCUAUUACCAGAUGUACUGGUACCGGCAGCUGCCUGGAGAAACAAUGAAACUCGUCGUGUUCACGUCGACGACUUCAAAAGACCACGACUUUGGGGAUUUCAGUAAAGAGAAAUUCUCAGCGUCCAAGACUGAACCUGAGACAGGAUCGUUCACAGUGAAGAACCUGGAGGCAGAAGACAAAGGCUUGUACUUCUGCGCUGUGAGUCAACACAGUGAUGAAACCACAUGGGAGAGAUGA